AUGCGAAGUUUCAAAGGUUUGUUUUUAGUGCUUGGCUUGGCUUCAGUGGCGCUUGCCCAGAAGGCAAUGGUGACAAACGAGUCUCCCCAGUUCUGCACUGGUAUGUACAGCAAACAGGACUGGGGUGGGAACAUCGAGCCCUACAUCAAGGUGGAUUUGGAGUAUUUCCUUACAAAGGAUGAGAAUGGCAAUUCAUCGAUCUCAAUUGUCAUCUUUGAAUACAGCGAUAUUGAUGGAUUGGGAGUACAGGUGUCGGAGACUUCUAAGCACUACGUGUGCUCGGAAGAGCUGGUAGCUAAAGGAUUGUGUGACAGUAGCGAACUGUAUCAAUUCAUUGUCAACAAAAAUGUUACCACCAAGGCGGAAGUUUUAUCGACUGUGCUUACUACUUAUGGUGAUAACGGUUUGCAGUACAAGAUCGCAAGGACCGGUUACUACUGCGUGGCUUGCUUGUCUCCGCAGGACUUCGGUAGCUCCAAAAACACCUUCAAAGUGCUGGUGAACUUCCAAAACGCAUUCGGAAGUCUCCCCGCUGCCGAUAUCCCAAAGCUGCCGUUGUAUGGCUUGCUUUCUAUUGUUUAUGCUGUGUGUCUUUGUGUGUAUCUGUUCCAAGUGUUCAAACACAGAUCCGAGCUUUUGCUUUUGCAAAAGUACCUGGCUGGGUUCUUUGUGUUCCUGACUGUGGAGAGCAUCUUCACGUGGUCGCUUUUUGAUGUCCAGAACAACAACAGGAAGUAUCCGUUGCCGGGUGCCAUCAGCUUCUACGUGUUUUUCGUUUCCUUGCUGAGCUCAUUCAAGACCUCGUUUUCACUGUUUUUGCUACUGAUCAUUGCCCUUGGCUACGGUGUUGUCUAUCCUAAGCUAAACAAGAAGCUCAUGUUGAAGGUAAAGAUUCUGGCUGGUUGUCAUUUCAUUUUCGGUGUUGGUUUCAUCACAUACUCAUACCUCAGCACUCAAUCCCAACCGAACUCUGGUGCUACUGGCGAAGAUAGCAGCGCUGGCGCUGGCUCGUGGUUGGUUCUGCUUACGGCCAUUCCAUAUGCUUUCACUCUGGUGGCCUUCUACUUUUUGAUCCUGUCGAGUCUUUCCAAGACCGUGAAACUGUUGGCUGAAAACAAACAAAUCGUGAAGCUGAAGAUGUACCAGAAGCUUUUCAGGCUGAUCUUUGCCUCUUUAUUGCUUCUGAUCUUUGCCUUUGUCAUUUCGAUCAUUCUGGUCUUCAAUGACUCACUUACGGACUCGAUCGAGAAAUUUUGGAAAUUCAACAACGUCUUGACUGACUUCUGGCCCUCGUGCCUGUACUUCAUGGUGUUCAUUGGUAUUGCCAUUAUCUGGAGACCGACUGAUACUUCUUAUUUGUUAGCCCUCAGUGACCAGGUACCCAGCAACGUGAUUGACGAGGAAUCGUCUGAACAGCCACCGGUUGUAUCUGGAGACCCCAGUCAGUUUGGAAAUGAGUUUGAGUUCGACGAUUUGGACAGUCUUGAGAGUGCAGGAUUGGGCCGUUCUUCUGUGAAUCCUUUCGACGACUCAAACAGGUACGAUUCGGCAAAGGUCAAGAAGCCAACGCCUACAGAGGAUGAGUUCGACUUUCCACAAGAUGAUGCGAUUGAGUUUGAUCUAGAGCGAGAGCAGCAAAAAAUCGAACAGGCAUCAAUAACCUCGCCGCCGCCAGGAUAUCGAGAGCUUGAAGGGAGUUCUUUUGCACUAGAAGACGAGCUUGAGAAUGAUGAUGAAGAGGAGGAGGCACACAAGACGGCGUCCAAGUCUAAAAAGGAAUGA